GCCUGUUUCACGGAGGAGGAGGAGGAGGAAGCCGCAGCAGCUUGUUUCCCUGGACCGUGUCGUGUUGGAGGAUUUUUGCAUGUAAACAAAAACCGAGCCGCUCGAUAGCUGGAUGUUAACUGUCUCAAAGUCGGGUUUUUUUCCACCGUUUUAUUUCUUCCCAAAGCAUGUAAAUGCGCCGACAUCGGCGCCACCACACAUCACACAUCCAGUCCAUCAAAUGGCACAAGUUAGUAAAGUGAUCAGUAAUUAAUUUCCUGGUGGAAAUAUGCAGACGAACAGCAUUUUGAGGAUACAUUUAACUGGAAAUAUGGCGUGCACACAGGCCUGGCACUGAGUUUGGACUUCUAACUGGACUUUAUAACUUGUCCUGUUUGCGCCAGGCCCGUACUUUCAGGGCCGUUGUGGAUGAGGAAGUGAACUCAACCCAGACAACCCAGGAGAAAGGAACCCAUUUAAUGGGCAGAUCCUCCUUCCUGACCUCCUGGGGCAGAAUUUAAGCAUUGAUCAUGGACGAACAGGAGGUUUUGAACUCCAUCAUGCAGGACCUGGCCGAACUGCAACGCUCCAACAGGUCAGCAAUGCCUGAUCUGGGAAAACCCAAAGCCUCGUCUCCUAAGAACCAGAAUGAUGUUCGGGUGAAGUUUGAGUACCGAGGAGAGAAGAGGAUCCUGCAGUUUCCUCGACCUCUCAUGCUGGACGAUCUGAGUGCCAAAGCUAAAGUGGCGUUCGGUCAAACGAUGGAUCUGCACUACACCAAUAACGAGUUGGUGAUUCCUUUGAGUACCCAAGAUGAUCUGGAUAAAGCCGUUGAGCUGCUGGAUCGUUCCGUCCACAUGAAGAGUCUCAAGAUUCUCCUGGUGCUUCCAGCAUCUUCUCAGAACUCACUCUCUGGUAUGAAUAUGUUGCUGACUCACGAGCAUCUGGACAACACGGACAGGAAGAGCAUUCUCGCUCUGAUGGGAUCUCAAUCAACAGACCGCAGCUCUCCUCCUCCGGGCUACAUCCCUGAUGCUCUGCAGCAGGUGGCCAGAAACGGCUCGUUCACCAGCAUCAACAGCGAAGGAGAGUUUAUACCUGAGAGCAUGGACCAGAUGCUGGAUCCACUGUCCAUGAGCAGCCCUGAGAAUUCAGCUUCAGGCAGUUGUCCAUCACUGGAUAGUCCUCUUGACAGUGAAAGCUAUCCGAAAUCUCGUAUGCCCCGAGCACAGAGUUACCCAGACAACCAUCAGGACUUUCCGGAGUGUGACAUACCAGUGUUUGAGAAGUCAGGUAAAGGUGGUACGUAUCCACGGAGAUACCCCAUCCCUUUUGGUCUGCAGGACUACAGUGAUGGGCGUAAGACGUUUCCGCGGGCACGGCGAACGCAGGGCCACGGCUUCCGCUCACCCGUGAGUUUCAGCCCGACAGAUCAGAGCCCGAGCACGAGCAGCGGCAGCAGCAUCUUCUCUCCUGAACUGGAAGAGCCAGGUCGCCGCCGCCGUGGCAGCGAUAUCGAGCCCAACCCCAGCACCAACCCAACACUCUCUGUUAUGGACAUCAGCCCGCCCAGUCGCUCUCCUCGUGCCCCCACUAACUGGCGCCUGGGGAAACUUCUUGGUCAGGGUGGAUUCGGUCGGGUCUUCCUCUGUUACGACGCUGACACAGGCAGAGAACUCGCCGUCAAACAGGUCCAGUUUGAUCCAGACAGCCCAGAGACCAGCAAGGAGGUGAGUGCAUUGGAGUGUGAGAUCCAGCUCCUGAAGAAUCUUUUUCAUGAGCGCAUAGUCCAGUACUACGGCUGUCUGCGGGACACACAUGAAAGAACUCUGUCUAUCUUCAUGGAAUACAUGCCUGGGGGAUCAAUUAAAGACCAACUCAAGUCAUACGGCGCUCUGACAGAAAAUGUCACGCGUAAAUACACACGGCAGAUCUUAGAAGGAGUGUGUUACCUUCACAGCAACAUGAUUGUCCACAGAGACAUCAAAGGUGCAAACAUCCUGAGAGAUUCAGCUGGGAAUGUAAAACUAGGUGACUUUGGAGCAAGUCGUCGGCUGCAGACUAUUUGUCUGUCAGGAACGGGUAUGAAGUCGGUGACGGGAACUCCGUACUGGAUGAGCCCAGAGGUUAUUAGUGGAGAGGGCUAUGGCAGGAAAGCUGAUAUAUGGAGUGUCGGCUGCACCGUAGUUGAAAUGCUAACACAGCGGCCUCCUUGGGCAGAGUUCGAGGCGAUGGCAGCCAUCUUUAAAAUCGCGACUCAGCCGACCAACCCUACACUCCCAGCUCACGUGUCUGACCACUGCCGCGACUUUCUUAAACGCAUUUUUGUGGAAACAAAACAACGGCCAGCUGCUGAGGACUUAUUACGGCAUUUUUUUGUUCACUAACCCCUUCCUGCCAUCGAUCACUGAACAAUUUCAGAGACAACCCUAAGUGUCUGCCCUUAUCUACACUUCGCCCAGCCUGCUGUAGAGCACUACCGUUGGACCAGAGAGAUUGGGGGAGGGGUGUGGUUUAGCAGGAAGUGGAUCUACACCUCUGUUGGUGGAGGAUAGCAUUUGGAAGCAGCUUGAUUCUGGUUAAAAACAUUGCACCUUAAUUUCACUCAGGGGUAAGUACCCCUAAGGACUAAAGGAAUUUUGUUAAUGUAGAUUUUUCUUUCGUUUGAGUUAUGCGGAAUUGGAUUAGGAGACCAAGCUCCAGGGAGUCUCAUCAGCUUCUAGGCUCAUGGGAUGAAUCUGAGAGGCUAUCUCGUUCCAACAUGACCCAGAAUGUACUGUCAAGCCAAGGAGAGGCCUGGUGUGCCAUCAAGCUGCUAAAACAGGCAAAUCUAAGGAAAAAGAAAUCAGACCACAGGGUGUUGGGACUCCAGCGUUACUCCUUUAAGUUCUCAUUCUCUUGCACAGUUAGAACGAACCACAGACACACACUCACACUUUCAUGAACAUCUAUACUGUAGAUUUGUAUGCUGUACAAAGGUUAGUUUUUGCUGUAUCUCUCUUUCUAUCUCUCUCUCAUGUUCACGGUUUAAAGAGCGUGCCACUAUUUUUCGAGCUGUAGUGUCGAAAAGGAUUGUGAUCUAUCAGUUUCGCUCACAAAGUUCGCUUUUGCUUUGUGCCUUUUUGGUUUGUGGAAACAGUUUUGUGAAUCUGUGCUCCCACACCGAGCAGUCGUUCAGCUACAAAUCCCUGGAGGUCUUCUGUUUUCCUCAUUCUCUGCUUCAAUAACAAACUGACUCCAGCUCAGUUCUUUAAGCACUCCUUUGCCUUCUCGUUACACAGUGCUUUUAAUGAUUAGUGAUUCGAAGUCUUUAAAGGAAGAGUCCAUUCUGAAUGCAAAUCUUUUUUUUUUUUUUUUUUUUUUAAACGUUGACCCUCGCUAAACUGUCUACAUGUUCCCCGCAAUGCCAUUGAAUAUCUCAUGGUGGUGGCACCACUGUGAUCCCACCCCCGACUUAAUCUCUACCUAAAGACAGAAAUACAGCAGCGAUUUAAUCCUUUACGCCGUCCACAUCUCAACUUUCAUACUUUCACGCAGCAUCGUCGCCUCGUAGAUCGCUACCCAGCCGCUACUGUAACCCUGCGCAUCCGAGUCAGGAGACUUCGUGUCCACUGUUUUGCAGCAACAUCUCCCAUUUUCUCGGCUGGACAUCAAAGAAUGGUUAGUGGAAGUAAAAAAAAAAAGUCCAUGUUUUUUAAACCAAAACAUAAUAUCAUCAGUCUUUGAGGUCAUGGAGGGUUUUCUUUUUUUUUCUUUUUAAACUGCUCUAUCAAUAUCUCCUUGUGACAUCAGAAGCUUUUUAGCAUCAGAGCCUUUUAAAACGGGCAACAAACGGUUAAAUAUAAACGCAUGUAAUGUGUUGUAGGGUGGAGCUUUUCUUUAACAGCAGUAUGAAUGUUAAUUUUAAUCUUUUUUUUUUUUUUUAAAUGGUUGAUUGACUGAAUAGACAAAAAGAGAGACACUUUUUAUCCAUCUUGCCAUAUUUUGAAAGCCAGCAGAAUUCUAUAGUAUUAUUUUUAUUUUUUUAUUUUUAUUUGUUAAUUUUUUAAUAGUACCUUGCGAUAUGAAGAAAAAAAGGUUAUGAAUUUUUUAUUAGGAUUUGUUUUCAGUGUUGUUUUUUUUUCUUUUCAUUAUAAGAGGCUGACCUCAGAACGCCUGACACGAACUUUAGUUCUCAUUAUUACCCACCAGUACUUGACCAUGUUUGUGUCUGUUUUUAACUGAAACUGAUUUCACAAUCCCAGAUGUCUUGAGACGUGUGUUUUUUUAGCUUGUUUUAUCAUGACUCACCUUUUACCAUGACUCACUUGUAGACAUUACUGCAGCAUUCUUGGUGUCGAAGCUUGCCUGUUGUUCUGCAGGAGUGUAGAUCAAUGCCAGAUUUGAAAUUUAUUUACACAGUGCCUAGUUUUCACCCAUUUACACAGCCGUCUCUGUGGUACUAUUUUAUUUGUGUCUAGGCAAAUCUCUUCGGUGUCAAGUUUGUUUAAACCGUUUACAACACUCCUGAAUGAGGUUAGAUUAGCGAAGUGAUUUCUUGACCGUGUUUUGACCGAUCUGAUCUGAGCUUCCGGUGGAAGGAAACUAUUUAGCCCUGUUUACAUGCAGACAUUUUUACUAAUUCAGUCACAUUAUUUAUUUAACUUGUCUAUUUGUACAUGUAUGCCACAUGUAAUUUUCUUAAGAGACCAAAUCUCAGUAAUGAUUUCGGCUAGGAUCUGAGUUGGGUUAAUAUUUGCAUGUAAAUAUGGCUAAUCUUAUAAAUGGCUGUGAUUGGGUGCAGUCUUUCUGAUGUCAUAACAGUAACUCUUCACACACACACAUUUAUAUAUGUAAUAUAUGAAUGUAUAUAGGUAGGUGUGUGUGAAUGUUUCUAAUGUUAACUGUUGGUAACAUCAGAAAGAUGAAUCAGAUUGAUCUGAGCUGCUCAUUGCAGACGUGUACUGAAAUCGAUCUGUUUUGUCAUUCACAGUGAACCGAUGGUACGUGCCUGCCUGACGAUCUUUCAGUAGUGGUUGAUUGAAUUUAAUGCACUACUGGUGACCUCAGAGCAGUUAUACUUGAUGGAAACACAGCAUGAGCUUGGCAGUAGACUGCUGGUUUUUUUUUUCCGUACGUAAAUUUUUUUUCAUGAAUUUUUGAGCUGUAGAGACUCUGCUUGUCGUAGUUGUGAUUCUCCACCGGGACUGUAUAGCGUGAAUCAGAAUGCUGUCAUGUCGAUGGCUCAGUAUUGACCAGAACCACCGUGAAAAGAAAGGAGAAAAACCUGGCCGCUGGUGCUUGGAGGGGGGGGGGAGCUGUUAACAAUUCAGAUGCAAACGUUUCAUUCCAAGUGAUGUUUACAGUUUUUAUACUCCAGAUUCUUCUGUUUACCGCCACAGACUCAGAGACCCUGCCGUUAAGUCGUUUAAAUUCAUUCGGAACUACAGUCAGGUUAAUAUAAGGUCAGGUACAAUCCAGACGCACCCCCGGCUUCCCCUUCGUAAGUAAUUAUUGGUAUGUUCCAGUUCUCUGGGCCAAGAGCACUUUUUUUUUUUUUAUUAUUAUUAUUUCCAUACAGCGUUCCAUGUUCUGCUUAGCCAUAAUAUCUCAAAGUCGAAAGGUCAGAACUUGAAAGUACUUCUGGUUUCAUGUUUUUGGUUUAAAUGAACUCGACCUGAAAUCGAGGGAAGGCAUCGUCCGUUGUCUGUUAGCGUACUUGGUGUGCAGGCGUUUGUAACGUAUGUACAAUUGUACAAUCGUCUGGUCCUUUUGAUGUUGAACUUUUUGCACAUUUUUGAGACCAUAAUUUGUACACUGAUUUUUUUUUCUUUCUUUUAUAUAUAUUUUUGCCAGUGAAUGUUUGGCACUUCAUAUACAUAUAU